UAAACACCUCGAUUACUGUUAAGUCUAAAGAUGACUCCAAAGGUGCAGUGAUUAUAUUAAAACAAAAAAUAUAUUUUUAUAUUCAUCUAAAAUUACAUUCUGCUCAUUAAGAUUUCAUUUUGAAUCUUUGAAAAAUUUAAUAUUGACGACGUGUCUGUGUAUGCUGAUGAUAUGUCAAGUGAGGACAGGAAUUGUUUCGGUAUCUGAUGCUUCGGAUGAACACCAUCAACAUCAACAUCAGCAUCAGGAUUAUGGGCACGAACAUGUGCCUGUAGCAACAUCUUACAUGCACUUCCACGGGCCAGUAGAAGGGCCAGAGUUCCAAGUGAAAGUGCCCUAUGUGAUUCCUCAUCACUACGAAAAUCAUUACCAGCCCAGCGAGCACCAGCAUCAAGAGAAUAACGACCUGGCUGGUCAUCACAGCCACGUGAACGAGCACCAGGCUGAUGAGGCUCACGGGUACAUUGGACACACCACAGACUAUGUCGCGCAUCCCAAGUACGAGUUUGCUUACGGAGUCGAGGAUCAUCACACUGGAGACUUUCACGAGCAGAAAGAAGUCAGAGACGGGACGAGUGUGAGUGGCGAGUACAGAGUGAAGGAACCUGGCGGCAGCGUUCGUAUUGUUAAAUACAAGGCCGACAAGGACGGGUUCCAUGCGCACGUCGAGACCAAGGGGAAGAAUGAUCACUCAGGAGCGACCUACACCACACACGCUCAUCUUCAUCAGCACGAACCGACUCAUCACGAUGACAAUCAAAACCACCAUCAUCUGCAGCUUCACGCCGAGGACACUCAUUACGAAUACUCUCACGACGCCUACGCAUGAUCAUUUUUAUGUUAUUUCUUUUUUAAUACCUCUUUGUACCUGUUAAAUGUAUAUUUUUGUUGUUAAUAAUAUUUGUUAUAUUUGA